CGAGCGCCGCCGCUUCCAUUUGCAGCGCGUGCGGCUCCGCAACGUCCGCCGCCGCCGUCGUCGUCGCCGUCGUCCUCGUCCUUAUUAUUCCCGUCGAGUGGCGUCCGCGCGGCGCUAUGCGUGAGGUUCGCGCGCGGACUCCUCGCUCAGUGCGAACUCGAACUCGAACUCGAACCCGAACCCGAACCCGGAGGCGCGUGCCCGCUGCUCGCCGCCGCUGAGUGAGUGAGUGAGUGAGUGACCCGCGCCGGAUGUGCGCGCGCCGCUCCGCUCCGAGGAAACGGGCGUGAAAGUUACUCCGAACGGGAGUAAAAAGUGUGUAAAACCGGCGUGGAGCUUCUGGGAGGGAGAAACGCAGUCAAGUUUACCUCCGGCGGCGGGAUGCGCGGCUGGGAGUGCUGCUGGCUGUGUUUUGCAAUGAUUCAUCCGGAAGGAAAAUGAUCUCCUAGGCACUACAGCGAAGACUUGUCUAAGCAAAGGCCUGAGGAGCUGACUCCUAUAUCCCAAAGGAAGCCACGCUUGCAGAGUGCAUGACGGCGUGGAGAGGAGAUCUUCCUCCAAAGACUCUGACUGGAUAAAUCGUUGUAGAUAGCCACAGCUCGGCAGCCACAAUUUUCCCAGGACAACGCUACUUCAUGGAGCGGCCGGAGGGCACUGAGCGAGGGGUUCGGACAGCCAGAAAUGCAGCAUCGGCUGCCAGAGAGAGCCGGUCUCACGGCUACACCUGCAAUAUCUGCCGAAGGAGCUUCUCUUUCCAGAGCUCUCUGUCGCAACACAUGAGGAAGCACACGGAAGCUAGACCAUACAAGUGCCCCUACUGCAGCCAUCGGACUUCGCAGAAAGGUCAGCUCAAGGUCCACAUCCGCAGCCACAGGUUGGGCUUUCUCGGACUUGGUCAUGAGCGGGUGGCCGACGAGGAAAGGAUGACAUUUGAGGGUCUCGAUGGUUGCACUAGCCCCACCAGCAGCACCUCGACUUGUCACAAAGUGGCCAAUGGACACACCAGAAUGAAUGGGUCCAAGGAGCUGCUGCUGGUGAACACAAUGAAGGAAGAGCAACUACACAGCCACUGGAAAAGGGAGCUUGUCCAUGAGAUAGGGAAUGAAGCCAGAAUUCCAGAACAAGUAGGUAACAAUGAAGUUAAAGAGGGCAACGGUGGCUUCUCUUACAAGUUAUGUCCUCAGAGCUUCACACAGGCCUGGACUCUGGAGGCACAUAUGAAGAAACACUUUUCUACCUUCGAACAUGGAUGCCCCAUGUGUGGUCGGUGCUUCAGGGAGGCCUGCUUUCUCACGAACCACAUGAAGACCCAUUUUCCAACUGGGAGUGGACGGGCUAAAUCCCAGAAUGAAUCAGAAUUGCCAGCUACUAUCAACGGAGUGCCACAAGCCAAGGCGACUGUUGCUAGCAUGACCUGCUUCUUUGAGCUGUGUUUUAAGUGCGGUAACUUCUUCCAUGACAAGGACAGCCUUCAGAUCCACAGCAGGGUGCACAGCUAUACUCUAGCUUUGAGUCAUGAGCAGCAGCAAAACCACACAGAGUUGCCUGCUGCAAAGAGAUGUUUUCUGGAAUACCUGAAUCUAAAAGCUGCUGAGCCAGAAGGAAAGAAGUUGCCUGAGAACAACCUGGGCAAACGAAUUCCAGAGCUGGACCCUGUGUGCAGCUACCAGGCCUGGCAGCUGGCCACCAAGGGCAGGAUGGCUGAAGCCUCAGAGAGCAGGGGCAUCAAUGAGGAAGACGCGUUGGCAGAUCCUGACGUAGUCUAUGACCGGGGUACAGGCAAGUACGUCCCAGUCAAGCAGGAAAAGCGGAAACGGCAUCUAGACUUCCACGGUGGCGCUGGAGGCAGGAAGCGGCGGAGCAGUGGGAGCCACGGCCACUACCACGGUGGCAGUGGGAACGGGCACAGCUCGGGUAACCUGACUCCGGACAGCCUGAGCGACUCGGACUACCAGCCCCCAUCUCGGCAGAGCCGGCGUUCCUCCCAGGGCAAGGUUACAGAGUGCUUUGAAUGCGGCAAGGUGUUCCGCACUCGCCAGCAGAUGAUGCUGCACACCCGAAUUCACCGCAGGGAAGGUGGCCGGAGCAGCGGUGAUGGCGGGGGGCAGAUUUCCCAAGUUGACCACGCCGAAUCCACUAGUGAGGCCGAUUGUGUUUUUGCCAGCUGUCCAAGCACCCCUAGGACUGGGACCUCGCCGGAGAAGGUGCCUGUGGGCAGGACAAGAGACAGACCCCAGCUACUUCUGUCAGCUCGCCAUGCAGAUGAGAGGGGUCCGAGCCAACCCGGGGACUCUCUGAUGGGUACAGGGUAUCCCUGUGACCCCCCACCUAGAGGUGCCUGCAGGACUUCUAAACUGAAGGACUCGUGCUGGCCACAGGGGACAGCGUUGCUAAAGAGCGGCACUGAUAACCAUGCUGAAGAGGAGCACAUCCCACAGGACGGGACCUCUGCGGCCCCCCUUGACCUUUCGGAGAGGCUGAGCGACCCGAGGGCCACCUCUGUCCCUGGGGGGGGGGCACUGAGGCAUCAGUGCUCCUACUGCUCCUACUCCACCCUCUACCCUGAGGUGCUGUGGGUGCACCAGUCCACCGCCCACAAGGUGAAGAACAUCGCCCUGGUGCCCAGCUGGGUGCACCGGAGCCUUACGAAGGUGCCCCCAGGGGGGCUGGCAUCCUGGAGGCGCACAGGGCCUCCGCCCGCUUGGAAGGGGAAAGAGUUCCCCGCCCUCCCGCAGAGCCGGGUCGCCCGGACUCAGCCCCCGAGCCAAGAUAAGUCCACCGGCCAUGUUACCGCGUCCCAGGGAAAGGCGGCUCCCAGAAGCACCCAGCUCAGCACGACCCCCCCUCAGGUAUCAACGGCAAGUCCCAGAUCGGCGACGGGACCCGCCGGCGAGCCCCGACCCCCCCGGGAGGGGCUCGGUUCUAUGCUGUUCGGCAAACGCGGCCCGUCUGGCCACGCCGGCUCCACAAGCUUCCCGCUGCCCCCGGCCCACCCCUCAGCUGAAUUUAGCUCCAGCGCGCAAAGGGCAGGUAUCUCCAGGCCUCCGGGUGGCGUUGUCCUGGCUAGAGAGAAGCUGAUGCCAAACACCUCAGCGGACAAUGUGAGCUUCCAGAAGAACCGCCGCACCCGCGACGGGGCCACCAUCUACCCUCAGCGGGGCUCCGCUACCCUGCAGCUGACCAGUACAGUAGGAGCAAAGAUGUCAGCGGCCCAGCAAGGGGACUGCAGCAGUGAAGCUGGACAGCUACACACACAUGAAGUGCCAUGCAGCGGUUCCGGAGUCGAAGCAACUCCACCGUACUGAAGCCCCACCCACCCCCCCCCCCC